UAAACGCGUUGUUGAUGUGUUACACGAGACAGUUAAAAUGGAUACUGGCAAUUUAACAACACCGUUUUCUAUCAACGACAUAUUAACAAAAGAGAACGAAACAAAAUGUGACUAUGAGAAUUUUUCUAAUUCCAAUUUCAAAGUGAGUUUUCUCGGGAAACCAGCCAGUUACAAAGAUGAAGGUUUUAGAAAGGAGGUUGUGGCAAAGAGUAUGAAGUACUAUGAUGACUGCAGCGCGUACAGAGACUACGGGGACGAUGGUGCCUUGGAUAUGUCAAGGAAGAAUAAUUUUCCGGUCACAGAACUGUCAGAUGACUACGAUUCACGAUCAUCAAACACCGGCUCUCCGAUACGUCGCAGCAAUUCCUCACCAAACUCAGACAUCGGCUACAAGCCUUUCAACUUACAUUACGAGCCACGAAAGUGCACCACACCUCCCCCACCCGACACUCUACACUCAUCAAAUUAUAACAUCAACGAAUACACUCAAAACGGUGGACGAAAGAAGCGAUCGAGAGCGGCAUUCUCACACGCUCAAGUAUACGAACUCGAGAGACGGUUCAGCCAACAAAGAUAUCUAUCAGGUCCCGAACGCGCCGACUUAGCUGUCAGUCUAAAACUCACCGAAACCCAAGUGAAAAUAUGGUUUCAAAACCGACGGUAUAAAACUAAAAGAAAACAAAUUCAGAUGCAAGAGAGCGGAAUGCUAGCUGCCGCUGCUGCAGCAGCUAACCAUGCUAGAAAAGUAGCAGUUAAAGUAUUAGUCAAUAACAACGGACAACCAACAAUACCUGAUUUAAAACAAUACCAAACACCUAUAAUUGGUAAAACACUGAAUCCUUUCACACCACCGAAUCUUCUAGAAGGUUCGCCUUUAUUGAAACAUUUUGCGGGUGUUUAUGGUGUCGAUUUUGCUAAGAAUCCGGAAUAUAAAGCACUUUUACAAGAAUCGUAUAACCAAGCGGUUUUGCAAUCUUUGUAUGGACCCCAUUUAGGUGUCAAUUAUCCCAAUAUACCCUUAUCGUAUAUGUACUAUCCUAGUCAUUCUUCCUUCGGUAUGCCAGUGCCUUGCGAUUUGGAUAGAAAUCAAGGAGAAUCGAGUAUUGAUGUAAAGGAUUUUAGAGAAAACGCAACGAAGACUAAAGAGAAAAUCGAUAAAGGCAAAAUGCAUAUCGAUGACGAAAACAGCAAUGAAAGCAUGGCCAGUAAUAUUGAAAUAGAGAAUUAAUUUAAAAAGAAUAUGUUCCUUUUUCAAAUUUGAAUUUCGUAGUAAUUUAUAUUCAAGUCUGUUUUCUAAAA